AAAUGUUCGCAACUCACCAAAAAUGACUGAAAUGGAGGGACACAAAAUGAUGAAUGUAUUCCCUUGUACAGCCCCUUUCUUAUGACACCAACAGGGAGAUAUGGGCAUCCUAAGACUGCUAGCCAGAAUCAUGGGUAGGAUCAGCACUUUCCGGUCCUAUCAGUUUGUGCUUCUCCUGGCGGCUGCACUUGCUGUUGUAGCGUUUUACUACUUUGGCUCAGAGAGGCAGAACUUCUCCAGUACCACAAAGAGAAUCAAGCAGACCCAGGCGAGCCAUAACACCAACAGAAACGAUGCUGACCUAACUGUGGACACCAGGCUCUCGCAUUCAGCUGGAUCUGAGGAGCAAGGAGAGGAGGAGCAAGAUGUGGGAGGAGAAAGCGAGGGGUUUAGGCCCAGGAGAGGGGACAGUGGCAGCGCUGGUGACCAACACUACCACGCACUCAUGAUGUUCACCAAGGUGGACAAGAGUCGAAGCCUGCAGGACAAGUUCAGGGUGGCCAUGUUGUCUAUGGUUAAGCACGGACAAUUCAUGGAAGGAGAGGUGUUGGUCCUUCAUUUUGUGAGUGACCAGGCCAGCCAAGAACUGGGAGAGAAGAUGCUGCAGGAGUUUCUCCUCGAUGCGACAUUUAAGUAUGAGGUUUUGUUCCACGAUGUUGCGGUUCUCACUCAGAAGCUCUUCCCUAUUGUCGAGGCCAUGCAGAAGCACUUCAGCGCUGGCUCUGGGGCUUACUACAGCGACGCCAUCUUCUUCCUGUCUGUCGCCAUGCAUCGCAUCAUGCCUGAAAGUCUGAACCGCAUAGUGCAGCUGGACCUGGACCUGAAAUACAGGACCAACAUCAGGGACCUUUUCCAAGAAUUUGACCAGUUUCCUCCAGGAGCGGUAAUAGGAAUCGCCAGAGAGAUGCAGCCAGUCUACAGACACACCUUCUGGCAGUAUCGUAAGGAGAACCCUCAGACCAAAGUAGGUGACCCUCCUCCUGAUGGCCUCCCAGGCUUCAACAGUGGUGUGAUGUUAUUGGACCUCGGUGCUAUGAGGGCCUCGGCUCUCUACAACCAACUGUUGGAGCCGAGCAAUGUGGCCAAACUGGCAGACCAGUAUCGCUUCAGAGGCCACCUGGGGGACCAGGACUUCUUCACCAUGAUCGGCAUGGAGCACCCAGAACUGUUUUAUUCGCUCACGUGCGGUUGGAACCGGCAACUGUGCACCUGGUGGAGGGACCACGGAUACGGAGACGUGUUUCAGAUGUAUUACCGUUGCGACGGACUUGUUUAUAUUUACCAUGGGAACUGUAACAGCCCUAUACCAGAUGACUGAUGUAGGCACAGGACUGAUGCUGGAACUGUUAAGGAGUCUAUGACGUCUGAGAUAUAGUUUAAGGGAAAUAUUUCUUGGAAGGGAGGAUUGUGACUUAAAUGGCAGUUGUUUUUUGUCACCACUGUAUUGCCUGUCUAGUCACAGAUUCUGCCCCCUGCUGGUCAAGGGGCCACUGAAGGGCUUGCCCAUGCAAAGUAGCUACAAAUGUGGCAUUUUACAGUAAAUGUUGGCAUUUGGGCAAAAUACAGUAAAGCAAGGAGUUGUAAUAGUUGUUUGUUUUUUCAGGUACAGAGAAGAUAAAAUUUGAUCUAUGAAGUUAAGUUUGAAUAAAACAUUCAUUAAUUUGAAGGCUAAAGAGCAGAUAAUAAGCUGUUCACAUUACAAAGUACUACUGGGAACUUGUUCUUGACUGAAUUGAAUUGGCAGCGCCCUUGGUGAAUGGUGAUUGUUUCACUCUGGAGAUAUUCAGUUUUUUCUCCAGGGUCCCUCUACACGGCACCCCGCUUCAAUAGUGGAAUCAGUUAAAUUUAAUAGGGGAUUUAUUUCCACAUGAAUGUGGCCAAAUGUGCCAUACACUGUAAGUAUUUCUUUUUAAAUUUGCUUAUAUAUUAAUUGAGUUCAAUAAAUUUUGGUUUGUUUUAAAGGGAACAUAUAAGACCACUAUCCAUUACACAUUGUUUUGUAAGAGUAUAUAUAUUUUUUAUAAAUUUACAAGGAAUUUAAAAUGGUUACAAAUGGUUUUAUAUGAUCUGCAAUAAUUAUAGGGUUAGCAAAUGUCUUAAUUAGCAUCUAUAUUAAAAAAAGAGUUUCCAACUAAAGUUGCAAGGAUUAGUCGACUAAUCGAUUAUUCAAUCAACAGAAAAAUAAUCUCGAACUAUUUUGAUAAUU